UCUGUACCUAUUCAACUCUCUUGCUAUACUCAACUGUCCACAUACAACCCCGAAAAUGUCUCGGUUUGCAAGAAGCGCGUUUUCUAAAACGUUCUUCUCAACGGAGCCAUGGGUCUGUCAAAGUUGUUCGAGAACCUGUGGGAGGACAAGUGCUCCGGGGGCAGUCCGACGAAUAUCGAAUAACACCAAACCGCGGCAAGCGGGUCCGACGAUGGAGCAGAUUCAAGCGCACUAUGGCAAGCGGAAUCAGACAGCGAUCAAUUACGCCCUGAGUCUAGCCAUCGGCACCGUAGCUCUCUCAUAUGGCUCGGUACCGCUAUACAAAAUGAUCUGCCAAACCACCGGCUGGGGCGGCCAACCCAUCAAAUCCCCCUCCCACUACGCCGGCGCCGACACCGACGACCAAUCCGCCCGCCUCACCCCCGAAGAUAACUACCUCCGCUUCCGCGUCACCUUCGCCUCGUCCGUCUCCGCCAUCCUGCCGUGGAAAUUCACCCCGCAACAACGCGAAGUGCGUAUCCGGCCCGGUGAGAGCGCGCUAGCGUUCUACACGGCGACGAACACGUCCGAUGAGGACAUCAUCGGGAUCGCGACGUACAGCGUGACGCCGGGCCAGGUGGCGCCGUAUUUUGCGAAGAUUCAGUGUUUCUGUUUCGAGGAGCAGCGGCUGCGGGCCGGGGAAACGGUGGAUAUGCCGGUGUUUUUCUACAUCGAUAAAGGGAUCAUGGAGGAUCGGAAUUGUCGGAAUGUUGGGGAGGUGACGUUGAGUUAUACGUUUUUUAGUGAGUUAAGCGAAGUAUGAUAAGGAUGGGCAUCUAACGCCUGUCCCCAUGUAACACCUCUUGUAACAAUCUAUCUGCAAUGCCUUCGGCAGCGUAUAAUACGAUGACCAUACUAUGCCAAACCAUGUCUCCUCACCACCCCCUACUUCUUAUUCCUCUGCGCCCACCUCGCCGCCUGCGUCGCCCCACUCGCCCUCCACCCGCUCAAAAUUAACUCCACAAUGGCAUCCACAUUCUUCCCAUUCUUCACCUGCGCAAAGAUCGUCGGCCCCCCCUCCCUCAUCCGCCGCGCAUCCCGCUCCAUCACGCCCAAAUCCGCCCCGAUCAGCUCCGCCAAAUCCGUCUUAUUCACCACCAGCAGAUCACUCCCCGUGAUCCCCGGCCCCCCUUUCCGCGGCACCUUAUCCCCCCCAGCCACGUCGAUC